UUAUCUCCCUUCCUAGAUGGCGUAUUUCACUUCCGGAAAGUUUAUCUCCAAGUGUUGUCACUGUCAUCAACUUUGACUUUUUAUGAGAAGCACUCUCUGACUGAUAGCGCCAUCAUGCAGAUGCCACUAUUUGGAAAUAAGUUCUCCCCCAAGAAGACACCACCCAGACGGGCCCAGUCUUUGUCCAACCUUCACCUUGAUGCCACACAAUCAAGGACAGAGUUUGGCCUUGACUAUGGUCCAAUCAAGGUCAAUCUGGGUGGCAGUGAGGUAGCCUUUGAGAAUGGUAUAUGGAUUCCUGAGAGUGGCGCUGGUGGAGCCAGCCACAAGGAGGUGAGUCGGCUGCGGAAGCAGAGCCAGCAGUUACAGGAAGAGAACAACCUCCUCAAGUUUAAGAUCGACAUCCUCCUAGACAUGCUUGCAGAAACAUCUGCCAUGUCUCAUUUUCAUGAAAAUGAACUGAAACAGCUGAGGGAGAUGAAGUCCAAGAAGAGAUGAUGAUAUUCCUGACCGCAUUCCUCAUGACCCUCCAUGUGUAUGGCAUGGAUGUACACCAGCAGCGUCCAGCAUCACCAACACUCGAACUGUGAUACUAUUCCGUCCUCAUCCAUUCUGUCCCUUGUGAGUGUCUGUGCCGCGACCUGGAAGGCACUACCUAGCAUUGUUACAUUUAUAAUGGACUUCAUUCUGUGUAUAUACAUAUCAUGUUUUAGAUGGAAUUUUUCAGCAAGUGAUUCAUGUCAUUAUUAGAUUAAUAAAAAUUCUAAAUGA